CCUAAAAAUGUACUACUUUUGUUUAGAUGAUGACCUUCGACGGAUAUAUUUCAUUCCAGUUGAAAAAGACGAAGAACAAGUAGAAAAAACGAUCAAUUAUACGAAUUUAGUAAACGUCAAGGUCAGGGCUAGAAGAAUGAAACGAAAAGUUACAAAAAAUCUCAACUCUGAAGAAAUAGAUGCAAAUAGGGGUUGCACCGUCCGACAUGGAAUAAAACUAGGACUAGAGUGGGCAGUUGAAAAGGCCGUCGCUUUUCCACACCUUUUCAAAGGUCACCGACUUGCAAAAAGAGCCAAAACUUGGCACCGGUAUCGUCUUGGAGCUAUGGGACUCUCAGCAGAAUUAGAGAGCAUUCCACUCUUUACAGAAUUCUUUCCCCAGUUGGAGGAACAAAUACAACUUAAUGUGGACCUAUUUGAUAAGAAGACUGCAGACAUGGUCAGAAGUGGGAUAUUGCCCGAGGUCUUUAAUGGAGGUCAUAUCCAAAUGAUAUCAGCUGUUCCAUUAUCUGAUGUCUUGAACAAUCGAACAUAAAAUGAUUAACAUGUUUUGACAAUUACCUAUUUACAAAUAAUUUGUAAGAUUUUCUUGUAUAAUUGCAUGGUCCUGUUAGUGUAUAUUAAAUAAAUAAAAAUUUAAACGUUUAUGUUCAAACCUGCAACCUUAAAUCUAUUGGGUCUUUUAUAGAGUGUUAUAAAGUUUAAGAUUAAAGUAGAGUUAAAAAUAUUUUUUUAGUAUCAGUGUUACUUUGGAAUGACCGAUGACUCAUAUCGGCUUGUCCCUUGAUUAUUUAUUUAGUGCUUUUGAAACUCUUUA